CUUUGUGUGUGUGUGUACAAUAGGCUUCUACCCCAAAAAAAUUAUCUCCAGGAGCCAGUGACUUUCAACACCACUAUUUACAGAGAAGAUCUGGGUGGAGUUAGUGUCCCGAUACCUGUUUUCCCAUGCCAGGACUUAAGCAGCUGUCUGUUUCCUGCCACAGAGAAGUCCACUUUAUUGCAAGAAAAAUGAAAUACAAAAGGACAAUAGGACCAUGAAGAAAAUCAUGUCACCUCAUUUUGCAACCAUUAACCACACCACAGCUAUUCUGCCACCUCUUCUCCCGUGGGACAGCUCUAACUCACAGCCAGCACGUUCAGCAUGCUCGUGACAGCUUAUUUUGGGAGCAAGUAAUGAGACAUCUAGUGGUGAACUUUCCUUUAUAAACAGCUCAGUUCGCUUCUCCUUUCGAUGCAGCCUCCUGGAUCUGCUGUGGCCUGAUGGCCUUGCUUCCCCUUUUACAUCAAGAGACAUUGUUCCAAAAGGGACCUUGGAGCUACCGAAUUCCAGCCCUGCUCUAUGUGCCACAAUCAAGUACCAUCCUGGCAUUUGCAGAGGAGAGGGAGGAUGUGGUGGAUGAACAUGCCAGGUUGAUAGCCAUGUACAGAGGCAUGUAUGAUGCAACUACCCACCAUGUUCAGUGGAACAAAAUGGAGACCAUUCUCAGUGCUCAGCUGGAGGGGCACCAAUCCAUGAACCCAUGUCCAGUGUAUGAUAAGGUUACUGGGACCCUUUUCCUGUUCUUUAUAGCCAUCCCAGGAAAGAUCUCUGAAAUGCACCAGAUCAAAACAAAAACCAACCUGGUACACUUGUGCCAUGUCACGAGCACUGACAGUGGAUGCACCUGGAGCUCAGCCAAGGAUCUCACUAACUCUGUGAUUAACACCACACACAAGGAGUGGGCCACUUUUGCAGUGGGACCUGGCCAUGGUCUGCAGUUGUCCAAUGAGUCGCAAAAUCUAGUGAUUCCUGCCUAUGCCUAUCGAAUACUUGACCCUGGGAAAACACCCUCCCCCCACGCCUUCUGCUUUGUCAGUUCUGACCAUGGAAAGACCUGGACACUGGGGAAUUUUGUGGAGGAGAGUGCAGUGGAGUGCCAGGUCACAGAAGUGCACAUCAGUGGAGAGAGAGUGCUGUACUGCAAUGCUAGAAGCAGCCGAGGUGCCAGAGUCCAGGCUGUGAGCUACAACCAUGGGGUGGAUUUUGAAAGUGGUCAGCGGAUAGCAAAGCUGGUGGAACCUCCCCAUGGCUGUCACGGGAGUGUUACAGCCUUUCCGUGUCCCACUGAUGAGAAGUCAGGGUGUCAAGACAGCUGGGUGCUCUAUACUCAUCCAACAGACCCCACUGGACGGAGAGACUUAGGAGUGUAUCUCAACAAGUGUCCCUUAGAUCCAGCAACCUGGACAGAACCCAGCAUCAUCUGUAAGGGUUUAUGUGCUUACUCAGAUAUGCAGUACCUGGGCCAGGGUCCAGAUGGCUCACCCUUGUUCUGCUGCCUCUUUGAGUUUGGCACCAAAUUGCAAUGUGAGAAGAUAGUCUUCCUCAUGUUCACGCUGAAACAAGUUUUUCCAGCACAGUGCUGAGCCCCAGCUGACAAACCUUUCAGUACCCAUCUGUAAGUCACCUUAGUUGAUUCUCAAUUUAACUUCUACUUGUCUGUCAGCAAAAGGCCUAUAUUUUCUGACUUCAUCCUGCUCUUAUUGCCGUAGUGUUGCAUGCAUAGGUGACAAUAUUUAUUAAAUUUAUUGGAAAUAGG